AUGCCGAUUUCGCCGUGCGGGCGUUAUUUUGAUUCUGGCGAAAGUGCGUGGCUCGAUGACCGCCUGCCACUGUCGCGACACGGCAGCAGCUCCGGCGCAACUGGUAUCGUCAUCAAGCAGGAGCCCCAAGAUCUUGAGCCAUAUAUCUGCUGGAAGUCUGCGCCAAGAAGCCUCGGUUUCCUUUAUAGGAGUCAUGAGCACUGA